UUAUCUGUAGUUUGUGUGCUUUGGUUCCCGUGUCAUGUUAAUGCAAGGAUAGACUGAUUUAAUAUAUGUUGAUGUGAAGAUACAUGUGUAAACAUUGUGUUUAUAAAUAUAAUCUGCAUCCGUGUUCUUACAUGCAUAUAUACGUACAUAUAUUUAGUUAUAAUAUAAAAAUCAUCUAUAAUAAAGUAACAUAAGCCCCGCUGUGGUUUUGAAAGAUUUAAGGGCAUUUUGGCAAAUAUAGUAAUCUAUAUUAUAUUAUGGCAGAAUCCUGGAAGAUCUUCAAUUCUAACUGACGCGUUGAAAUUUAAAAUUAAAUUGGAAUGCUAAAGUAAUAUUUUACUCAGAUAUCUCGAAAACAUAGUGGGUAAUUUGUUAAGGAAGAAAUAUAUCUGUUCGAUUUCUUUAUGUAAAAAUAAUAUCAAUGAUAUACCAUUAUGGGAAAACUACUCUCAAAAAUUUUCGGCAACAAAGAAAUGAGAAUAUUAAUGCUUGGUUUGGAUGCAGCUGGCAAAACAACUAUAUUAUAUAAACUAAAAUUAAGCCAGUCAGUAACAACAAUACCCACAGUUGGCUUUAAUGUCGAAACCGUUACUUAUAAAAACGUAAAAUUCAAUGUAUGGGAUGUUGGUGGUCAAGAUAAAAUAAGGCCAUUAUGGAGGCAUUAUUACACAGGCACACAAGGAUUAAUUUUUGUUGUCGAUUGCGCAGAUAGAGAUCGUAUAGAUGAAGCAAGAACUGAAUUGCAUAGGAUAAUUAAUGAUAGAGAAAUGAGAGAUGCAAUAAUUUUAAUUUUUGCUAAUAAGCAGGAUCUUUCUGAUGCAAUGAAACCACAUGAAAUUCAAGAAAAAUUGGGUUUAACUAGAAUAAGAGACCGCAAUUGGUAUGUUCAACCGUCCUGCGCAACAACAGGAGAUGGUCUUUAUGAAGGUCUUACAUGGCUAACUUCUAAUCACAAAUUAUGAGAUUAAUUUAAUAGUUAUCACUAUUUAUACUAAAUUUCAUGUAAAAUGUUUAUAAUUUUGUUUUU